CGUCCAGUGCCCAGACCGCUCCCCCUGCUCGGUAACCUGCCUCAGUUGGAUCUCAAAAGACUGGAUGAGUCUCUUUUCAGUCUGUCCAAAACCUAUGGACCGGUUUUCACCGUCAAAUUUGGACCUAAGAAGGUGGUGGUCUUGGCCGGGACCAAGGCGGUCAAACAGGCUCUCAUAAACCAUGCCGAGGAGUUCGGGGAGAGAGACAUCAAUCCGUUAUUCCACGAUUUCAACCAAGGACAUGGCAUCAUAUUUGCCAACGGAGAUUCAUGGAAGGAAAUGAGACGUUUCACCCUGACGACGCUGAAAGACUUCGGGAUGGGCAAGAGGCUCAGUGAGGAGAAAAUUAUCGAGGAAUGUCACUUCCUCAUCGAGGAAUUUGAACAACACAAAGGCGAAGCCUUUGACAACUCAAAAAUCAUUAGCUACGCAGCUUCCAAUAUCAUCUCGGGGAUCAUGUUUGGAAAGAGGUUUGAAUACGAAGACAAGGUUUUCCAAGAGAUGAUAGAGCGAGACCACGAGACCAUCUACCUGGCUGGAUCGGUUGCUAUCUUGAUAUACAAUUAUUUCCCCUGGCUGGGCCCUUAUCUCAAAACCUGGAGGAAUAUGAUGCGUAACGUGGACAUUACGAAGCAGCAUGCAAGAAACAUUAUAGCCGAGCUGAAGGAGACGCUCAACCCUUACGUUUGUAGAGGCUUUGUCGAUGUUUUCUGCACACGGAUGACAAAUCUGGAGGAGCACGAAAUCCAGAAGCUGCACUACCAUGAUGAAAACCUGCUCAACAGUGUCAUCAAUUUGUUCGGAGCGGGCACUGACACCACAGGCAACACACUUAGCUGGGGUCUUCUUUUCAUGGCCAAAUACCCUCAAAUUCAAGAUCAAGUCCAGGAGGAGCUGAGCAGGGUGGUCGGAGUCCGACAGGUCCAAACGGAGGACCGCAAGAACCUGCCUUUUGUGAACGCCGUCAUCCACGAGACGCAGAGGCUGGCCAACAUCGUCCCCAUGGCCAUCCUGCACCAAACCACCAAAGACAUCACUUUCCAGGGUUACUUCAUCCAAAAAGGGACCGCCGUCCUCCCUCUGCUGACUUCCGUCCUCUACGAUGAGACCGAAUGGGAGACGCCAAACACGUUCAACCCCUCCCACUUCCUGGAUGAGGAGGGUAACUUCGUCAAGAGGGAUGCUUUCUUGCCCUUCUCUGCAGGCCGCAGGGUGUGUCUGGGCGAGGGUCUGGCCCGGGUGGAGCUCUUCCUCUUCUUCACGACCCUCCUCCAGCACUUCCGCUUCACUCCUCCACCUGGGAUUUCUGAGGACGAGCUGGAUUUGAAGCCUGUUGUGGGCUUCACGCUCCAUCCCACGCCUCACCGGCUGUGUGCCAUCAGGCGCCAAUGUCAGUCAGAGGGGAUUUUUCCCCCAGACACAUCCUCAAAGAAGAUUAACUAAAUAAAAUAAAUAAAGUAAAUUGAAUGAUUUAACAUUUACAUAAAUACAACAAUAAAAUUUGAAGUUGGAGAGAGAAUUAUGCUUGGAAUUAAAAAAACAAAACAAAUUAAAAGUAAGCCAACUGCAAUUUAAUUUUACGUCAAAUUGUAAAUGAAAAGGAAAAAUGAAUGGACUGUGUAAUCUUGUCUCAAUAACUCAAAUUGUUUGCCAGGGAGUGAGAUAUUAGAGGUUAAGAUUUACACCAAGACCUGAAAUUGACAUUCAAGUUCAACAGUGGACUUUUGAAUCGAAAUGAAAAUAAAAUGGAAAAGGAAACAUCGGAAA